CGCUUCCACCGCCCGAGCUGCUCAGUAGGCUCAGUGUAGCUCGAAGCAACCGUUGCAAUCGCCAUUUGUGUUAUUUCUCAAUCUGCCAGCACUCUAUCCUGGCCCAAGAAAUGGAUUUCACUGGAAAGAUCGUAAUCAUUACCGGUGCAAGCUCGGGCAUUGGUGCGGCCACGGCCAAGUAUCUAACCGGCCUCGGUGCCACCUGCGUUCUGGCGGCUCGCAGCGAAGCGAACCUCAAGGCGAUCCACAAGGGUUGCGUAGCGCUCGGUAAGGUGGAACCAUUUCUCGUCGUUACGGACGUAACGCGACGUGAAGAUUGUGAGAAACUGUUCCGGCUGACCAUCGCCAAGUACGGUCGAGUGGAUGUGCUGGUGAACAAUGCGGGAAAGGGUGCCGCUGGUAGCAUUGAGGUGGCCGAUCUGGAACAAUUCGAUGACAUCCUCAACACGAACCUCCGGUCGGUGUUUACGCUGACGAAACUGGCCGUACCGCAUCUGAUCGAGAGCCGGGGUAAUAUUGUGAACGUUUCGAGUGUGGCCGGCACAAACUCGUUCCCGAAUGCACUCUCUUACUGCGUCUCGAAGGCAGCCCUUGAUCAGUUCACGCGCUGCACUGCGCUCGAUCUUGCACAGAAAGGUGUGCGCGUAAAUUCGGUCAAUCCUGCGGUCAUCGUGACGGAGUUCCACAAAGUGCUCGGUAUGGACGAGAAGUCCUAUGCGGCGUAUCUGAAGCACAGCGAAUCGACGCAUCCGAUGGGGCGCGUUGGCAAUGCGGACGAGGUAGCGGCAGCGAUCGCCUUUCUGGCCUGCGACAAGACGGCCAGCUUCACGACCGGCACUUGCCUGUGCGUGGACGGUGGCAAGCACAUCAUGACGCCACGAUAAAAGCGACGACCUAGGCCGAGACCGAGUAACGAAUAGCGUCAAUAAAGUUGCGAGUUCAAAGUUUGGGAAUCGA